CUGGGAAUAUAUGCAACACACCGGAUGUGGUGAAGCGGCGUCCUGUAGUUCUACGUCGUGUAUUAAGCCGUCAUACAUACACAUGCGUAGUCAACGUAUUUUAAUAUGAUGUGGUCGAUAAGCACUGGCUGGACAGAGCAGAGAGGUCGCUGACGGACUGCGCGUAAUGCUGAGUGGAGAGCAGUAUUUCUCGCUGUGUAUUCCAGCCUAGACGGGCUAUUGACAAGAGAUUCGCACUCGUUCUGCAGUGCAGCUCGUCAUUAUUACCAGAUGCUCUCCGCCGGACCGGACCCGUUCAGUUUCAUGCCGACCGGAGCCUGAGCCCGAAGGAUGCAGGUUAAAAACCAGAUAUGCACCGAGCGGAGCAGCACCGACGACCCGGAGCAGGAUGACAACCAGGAGAAGAAAACCUCGUGUUUUUCCAACAUCAAGAUUUUCCUGGUGUCGGAAUGCGCUCUCAUGUUGGCACAGGGCACCGUGGGCGCUUAUCUGGUAAGUGUUCUGACCACUCUGGAGAGACGCUUCAACCUCCAGAGCGCCGAUGUGGGCGUCAUUGCCAGCAGCUUCGAAAUCGGCAACCUGGCCCUCAUCCUGUUUGUCAGCUACUUUGGAGCCAAGGCCCACAGACCCCGCCUCAUUGGUUGCGGCGGGAUUGUCAUGGCGUUGGGGGCGUUGCUGUCGGCCCUGCCGGAGUUCCUGACGCAUCAGUAUGAGUACGAGGCCGGCGACUCGUGGCACGCCGAGGACGGCAGGGACGUCUGCUCCAACAACUCCAGGUCAGAAAACCGAGACUCUGGGUUUAAGUGUGGCAACAGAGCCAACACCAACAUGAUGUACCUUCUGCUGAUCGGAGCCCAGGUUCUGCUGGGCAUCGGAGCCACACCCGUCCAGCCUUUGGGAGUGUCCUACAUCGACGACCAUGUCCACAGGAAGGACUCCUCGCUGUAUAUAGGUAUUUUAUUUUCCACAUUAGUGUUCGGCCCGGCCUGUGGCUUCAUCUUAGGUUCUGUCUGUACCAAAGUCUACGUCGAUGCUGUCUUCAUCGAUACCAGUAAGCUGGAUAUCACCCCGGACGACCCUCGCUGGAUCGGGGCGUGGUGGGGUGGCUUCCUGCUCUGCAGUGCCUUACUCUUCCUGUCGGCCCUCUUCAUGUUCGGCUUCCCCCAGUCGCUGGGCGAGCCGGACAUGGACAGCGGGGGGGAGAGUGAGCAGGCCAUGCUGCCUCCCUCCCUCAGCGAGUAUCAGGGCUCCAAACCCAACGGGGCCAUCCACGGCUUCGACAUUAACAGCGGCCUCACAGUGUGUGAGCAUCUGAGACUGAUCCCGCGGGUGACCCGGCACCUUCUGUCCAACCCAGUGUUCAGCUGCAUCACGCUGGCAGCCUGCAUGGAGAUCGCCGUGGUCGCUGGCUUUGCUGCCUUCCUGGGAAAAUACCUGGAGCAGCAGUUCAACCUCACCACCUCCUCGGCCAAUCAGCUGCUAGGUAUGACAGCCAUCCCCUGUGCCUGUCUGGGGAUCUUCCUCGGGGGGCUGCUGGUGAAGAAGCUGAACCUGUCGGCCCUGGGCGCUGUCCGCAUGGCCAUGAUGGUCAACCUGGUGUCCACCGCCUGCUACGUUUCUUUCCUGUUCUUGGGCUGUGACACCGGACCUGUCGCUGGGGUUACUGUAGCCUACGGCAACGAGACGCUGCGGUCCUGGCAGCGACCUGAGUCAGCGUGCAUCAACAACUGUAACUGCUACACCGCGUCAGUGAGCCCCGUCUGUGGCUCCAACGGAGUCACCUACCUCUCCGCCUGCUUCGCCGGCUGCACCAAACCAAACCUGACCAGCUGCACGUGUAUAUCCAGCUCCAGUGAGGAGGCGGUGGCUCUGCCGGGGAAGUGUCCCAGUCCGGGCUGUCAGCAGGCCUUCCUCACCUUCCUGUGUGUGAUCUGUGUGUGCAGCAUGAUCGGAGCCAUGGCCCAGACCCCCUCUGUCAUCAUCCUCAUCAGAACUGUAAAUCCAGAGCUGAAGUCUUACGCCCUUGGAGUUCUGUUCCUACUCCUGAGACUGAUAGGCUUCAUCCCCCCCCCUCUGAUCUUCGGCAUGGGCAUCGACUCCACCUGUCUGUUCUGGAGCUCUGUCUGCGGGGAGAAGGGAGCCUGCAUGCUGUACGACAACGUGGCCUACAGGCACCUGUAUGUCAGCAUCGCCAUCGCCCUCAAGUCCUCUGCCUUCAUCCUGUACGCCACCACGUGGCAGUGUUUGAGAAAGAACUACAGGAAAUACAUCAAGAACAGCGAGGGCUACCUCACGCCCACCGAACUCUUCGCCUCCAAUGUGACUCUGGACAAUUUGGGCAAGCAGAUCACCCAGAACCCAGCCAACAGGACAAAGUUAAUUUACAACCUGGAGGACCAAGAUAUGAGUGACAACAUGGAGUCAGUUUUAUAGUGGAGGUCUGCACCGGGACUGGAGCUGAGGUGGUUAAUGUGAAACUGAUCUGUUGUUUCUUUGGUGUCGUAUCAGUGUAGAAGAAUGUUCUCAGUAAGGGUCUUCUCACCUAAAACAUCAGACAUAUUGAAAAAAAUUAAGGGGUGUUCCCAAAAUGCUCUAUAUCCUCAUUGCACUUUUUUGCUAAAAUACAGAUAUCUGGUCCUUUUUUGUCAUAAACUGACUCUUAAUUUGGCAGUAGAAUACAGAUUGACUUUGGGAAAGGAAUGACUCAGCAGUUAAUUCAUCACACCACUAAUCAGCCAGCACGCCCCUCAGACAUCUUCUUUAGUUCAACCUCAUUAACAGCUCAGUUAAAAUUGCAGUCAUUAGGUUCAGAUUUAUAAGGAGAUAAGAGCUUUUUGAGAAGCAGCAAUCUGAUAUGUGUUAUUUUCAUAAGCUUUAUUAGACAGUUUAUUUUCCUUUAAGAAGGAAGUACCUCUCAGGUCUGAUGACAGAUAGAAAUGAUUGUAGUUUAGCUUCGGCGUUUAUCAUUAGCUGAUCAUAUUUCAGCUCGUGUUUGCAGCACUUUUUCAGACAUACAGAUCUCACUCAGCUGUUUAACUUCACAAAUAAUGAAAGAGAGAUAUGCAUUGAUUACAGAGGCCAAUGCACAACACAUUAA